UUGUAAAAAGAAUGAAAAUGCACAUUUUCUCAGAAAGGAGGAAAAGAACUAGAAAGAGAAGGAAGGCGAAUGGAGGUAACAACACUGACUCAAGAUUUCGCGCAGGUGACUGCCAGCAGGUGAUUGCCUCAGGAGCAGAGCAUUGAUUCAGGCCAGCAGUUGGCUCAAUUUCUGACAAAUGUACAUGGAAUCUCAACAAGUAACAUACAUCAUAUUGAUGCCCUAUAUCAAGGAUUCCAACAAGGUACCUCUUGUUCUCAGAAAUCAUCAAAAAUCUACUUAAAAAUGAGCCCCCUGCUACCAGUGUGAACACAGUUAAUGCUGAAAAGGCCAGCCGUAUUCUCCAACGGCUAGUUCCCGAUAGCCUAUAAAUACUCCCUCCGUACACCUCCUUCACACUUUUCACUUUGCAAUCUCUUUCUAUCUGAUUCCUAAGCUCUCAAACACUCUAAAGCUCUCAAAAGCAAGUCCAUCGCAAUUCCAACUCAUCAUUCAUCAACCCAAUCUGCAUACACACAAAUGGCCUCUCUUGUUCACCCCAAAAAUCCUUGAGAAAGCAGAGAACAAAGAUCUCAUAAGGGAACUUCUCAAAAAGCUAGAGACAACAGGACUUAUGAAAAUGGCCACCUACCCAUACCCCUGCUUCUACCCCGAGGUAGUAGCAGAGUUCUACAUCAACUCCACUCCUGAAACUCUGAAAUCUGUAGUGAUGGGGUUUGAAGUAGAGAUAAAGGAGGAAGAAAUAAAGGAACUGCUUUCUCUACCUGGAGAAGAAGCCAGAAACGUUGAUGACAUCACCCUUGACGAGCAAGGCUUCAAGGAAAUGGCGUUCCUUCCAAAGGCACAACACCUGAGUACUCUCAAAGUGAAAAAGGGUAUGCUGGUCACAGAAUACUCCCUUCUGCUUGAUAUCCUUUACAAGUGCAUUGACAACAGAACCACUGCACCGGAUGAAAUUAAUGCACAAAGCGCACUUCCACUAGCAGCCAUAAUCUCUGGCUCCCCACACAACUGAUCAUGGUAUGUCUACAAAGAACUUAUCAAGUAUGUAAAUAAGUCUCACAAGGGACGAGGAAAGGAUGGAAGCCUACCAUUGCUAGGGUACAGAUUCUUAAUUGGGGGAAGUUUCUCCAUCAAACCUCUAAAGCAGGGGCUCCAGAAAUACAGAAGCAAGAUGCUACUCUCAAUCCCACGAGCCUCUCAAAACUGAAUUCACCAGAAUCAAGACUAAGCUAGCCAAGAGACCAAGAUCUGGCUGCAAAGAAAUCCAGUCCAAGAGACCAAGGACAGCAACCAGAAAUUUACAAGAAGAACUGGAAGAAGCGGCCUCAUUCAUACAGGAAGAAGAAGCAGUGCUCUCCCCUCUUGCCAUCAUUCACGAAGAGCCAGCAGUGGCCUCUCCAUCACUAGCAAUCAAGGAAGCAGCAGAGUCCUCUUCCAACUCUUCAAAUGGAAGCAACAGUUCUGCUCUUCCUCUCUCGAUACUUAUUCCCAAAAUCACACAACAAACAGAGAGAGGGAGUCAACAACCAGAGUCCUUUUAAGUAGAUGACUCGUCGGGCGGUCGGAGCGGGACUUAUUUGGGAAAAAUAACUUGAAUAACUUAGUUUUUUCCGCAGGUGGCUCCCCUUGAGGCCGAGCAGGUGGCUCAUCAAGAUGAGCAGGUACCUCUACCAUCUUCAGCAGGCGACUCACUGGCUCUGACUCCUUUAGAGCAACUGGAUGCGGACUUUGCACGAGUCAAAGCAUGGAGAGCAUGGAAGCUAUCAAGGAUCCUUCAUCAAGCUGAAACCCUGGCCAUGUUCAUAGAUGAGGAGGAUUUCACUCUAGAUUGGAUGGGCACAGAGGAUCUUGCAACUACAGUCAACCUUCACCAAAUCAACCAAGUAUAUGCAACCAAGAGAAAACUGCUGACUGCAAAGGACGCAAUUAGUGAAUCAGAUGAUGAUGAUGAUGAUGAUGAUACCUCCAAAGGACCACCUACCUCAAGAGAUAAGCAAUUCACCCACUCCUCCUCUUCAAGUGAUAAAGAACUCAGGCAGGCCCUUGAGUAAUCCAAAAUGGAAACUCAAGGAGGAGGAGAAUCCUCCAAAGCUCCCCAAAAGCUGCUAGUUGCCACCAUCCUGCAGGGGACUGCUCUGAUAGAUCUCAACUUGGAACCCCACCAAGAUACAACACCUGAGCAGCCUGCCACAUCAAAUGAGAUCAAAGAUCAAAUUCAGCAUGAUGGUGAAGAAGACACUCCUACACUGGCAGAGGUCUUUCUUCAUCAACGAAAGAAGAGCAACCAUAAAAUUCAUAAGUAAUGUUGAGCUUCGCCUACACAAGAGACUAAUCAAAAUGAAGAACCAUUUUGAUGAGCUGCUAGAAAUGAGGUUCGCUGAAGUACACUGCCAUCUAAAGAGCAACUUGAUGAUACAGCAAGUAUUCAACUCAGAGCAAAAAGCACAGCUCAACAUCCAACUCUCAAACCAACCAGCUCAAAUGGAGGCGAUUCCCAAAGAGCUUGAAGCCUUGAAAGCCAGGGAUGAAGAGCUAGAAGAUCAAAUCGUAGAAUCCCUCAAAGAACUAAGAAAACAAGAGCUAGCAGUUGCCUCCGGUCAAACAGGUGCCUCCCAGCCAACAGCAGAGGUCUCUGCUCAGGUACCUGCUCUUCCUAAUCUUCCCCCCAACCUUGAGCCUGCCCUUCUAACAAUACAGUCACAUGAGGAGUUCCUGCCAUUCUCCAUCUCUCACAAAAGUUGGUCACAAAACAAGUUGAACACUCUGAGGCAAUUGGUCAAACACGAACUGAUGUUGUCAAACACCUCACUGACCUUCACCAAGCCACACAAGAGGCAUUCCUAAAGCAUGGAAGUAACCUUCAAAGACUGGGCCAGAAUUUCGAGACAACUAACCAAAGGGUUCAAAGGCUUGAAAAUGAAGUCAGAGAUGAAGUAAGAACAGAUCUGCUAGACGUCAACAACUACAUCAAAGCCUUGUCCAUCAAGGUCUAUGGUCUGGAUCCAACAAGAAGAAUGCAAGAAGAGCCUGAAUCUGAUUCAGAAAUCGAAGCACUGUUUGAUGAAAGCAAGACCCCUUCUCAUGAUGCCAAAAGGGGGGAAGGUUCAACACAAGCAGGCCCCUCCCUCAAGAGAUUAAUAGCAGCAAAGAAAGCAACAGAAACAAGAAGGACGUACCAGGUCUACAGAGAAGAAGCUGAGAUAAGAAGAAGGAAGGCAGAAGAAGCAAAGGCAAAGUAGGAAGCCAAGAAGAAGUCACAAGAAGACAAAGAAGAAUAGAAUAGAUUGAAGUCCGAAACUGACUAUAAAUUAUUGUACUCUAGAGUUUAGAACAAUGUACAAAAAUUCAAUGAAAAUUGUUGGUCUCGGUUGUACUGGAUACAGUCUAGAGGGAAGGGUGAAUAGACUGUAUUGGUUUUUAGCUUUUUAAACUAAGUACCAGAUUUUACAGAAUAGCCUGUUCUGUUGACAGAACAGACUGGAAGCGGAUGGGGUUCUGGUAGGGGGUUCUGUUGAUUUAGCCUCAGAAAAGCAAAGGCAGUAGGCCUUCUGUUAACUCGUAAGACAAGUUCUGCUGAACACAGAUACCAAGUCUAAGGAGUUAGACAGUUCUAUCUAAGUGCAAAUAUUUAAAACAGUAAGUAAAUGACACCAGGGAUUUUUAUAGUGGUUCAAGGAACAACUCGUUCCUCUAAUCCACUGUUCCACUAAGCUUGUAAAAACGACCGUUUACAACGCCUUAGUCCUAGCACUUAAGAAGCUCUCCACGUCUUCUUCAAGCCUAGAUGUCUCCUGGGAUGCACUGCCUGGCUUCCUUUAAGACUGGGCCUUUCACUAAGCUUCCUGGAAGUAUCACCACUUCACUACUCCAGUUACUUGGACGUUCUUCUUGUAACAAGAAGAGUUUCUGUUGAAACAGGGGUCCUCCAACUUGCUUCGUUACAAAAGAUUUGUAGAUGAAGUGCUUGAAGUUGUUGAAGAACUGUUGGAACCUUGCUCUUGUUGGAUUUAAUGAUAUGAAGUUAUAUUCUUUCCAACUUGUGUCUCUCUUGUUGAGGAUGAAGAGUUUGAAUCUCAAGAGGACCUUUUUGCCUUGAAUAAUAUCAAUGUGUUUUUCUUGCAAAGAAUGUGGUGAAGUUGGCAAAGUUAGUAGAGCAAAAAUUAUCCGGUUGUUCUUCGUAGUGUAUCUUUUAUACUGAGGGUUGUCUUCCCGUUGGAGGUGAAGGAGGACAACUGCAUUUAAUGCGCGAGCAGUUGACUUGACCAGUAGGACCCGGUAAAGUUGACGGGUUACUAUUUUGGGAUAAAGUAAUCCUGACAUUGCAGCCAAUCAUCUGCAAUUACUCUACGGAGCAUGGGGAGAAUUAAAUGUGCAUUUAAUGCUGGCACUGUAGCGUUUCCGUACAAGUCUCCUAGCCGUUGAAGGAAUCUUUCAGUUGAUUUCCCGGCUUUGUGGAAUUCUUCCAAGUGUCAGGCCUUCUGGUGUCUUUAGCAGAGAGUUGGUCAGAGAAGGUCUUGAACACUUCUGUUGAUAAUAGCUUACAGAGAACCAGGAGGGUUUCUGUCAAAGUAAAGGCUAACAGAGACCCUGAGGUUUUCUGUUCCUAGGCAGAGAACCAAAGAUCUUCUGUCAGGAGGUCUUCUGGUAGUCGAUUAUGCUAAGAACUUUACAAAGGACAAUUCUAAUACAUUAAGUCUAAAAGGAGUACUUUAAAGUCCUAAUUAAUAUAGCAUCAUCAAAAUCUAAUUACAAAUAUUCCUUACAAUUUCCCCCUUUUUGAUGAUGCCAAAACCCUUUAACUAUUUCCAGAGAAGUGCCUUCACCAUAAAGAAUUAAAGUUUAGAACUUCCAUUAAAAUCUUGGUGGGCAACUUGGCAUAGGAAAAUAGUAAGAGUGCAGUACAUUCAGAUAGCAGAUAAAAAAUCAAAAAGCAGACAAACAAACACAAACAGAAAGUAAAGAAAAGCCAGAGAUUGAGGAAUUGCCUUGCAAAGUGUGAGGCAGAGAUGUUCUUUUAUUAAGGUGGAUUACAAGACUAUCUGAUUACAUAAUAGCCUUUGCAGUUUCAGCUCUUGCUUGUUCAUCCAGUCCUUGUAGUCUCUUUAGCUCUGCAUUCACCUCUUCUCUGAUUCCAACCAGAUUUCCAGUUCUUUGAUAGGAAGCCCAGACGGGUGAGAGUUUGCAAUCUAGGUAGUUUAGAACACCUUCAUGGAUAUCUUUUACUUGUACAAUACUGUUGUGAAACCAGAAUUCUGCUUCUUCCAGAGAUCCACCAUGUCUAACCUUCACAUGACCAUCAUGGUCCAAAUAAAGAUUCUGUUGUUGUGUAGAGGUCAUCUUCUGCUUCAUUUCCUCAAAUUGUGUUUUAGACAUCACCUGAGAACCUCCCAGUCUCCAUUCUUUAAAGCUUAGAGAUUUCUUCUUCUUAGUUCCUUUCUUCUGUGGGGAUGGAGGUCUAGGGAUACCAGCUAGCCUUUUCUUCUGGAGGGCAGCUUCAAAGUAAGGCGUGGGAUCCACAGUUGGUUCAGCAGAUGAUGAGGUUCUGGUGGUCCUGGGUUUUGGUAGAUGAGGGUCUUCUUCCCCCUUUUUGGCAUCAUCGAGAUCACCAAGCAGAAGGGAGAAUUUCUGGAAUUCUGUGGCCUGAGUAGAGGCAAUCUGUUCCAGGGUUUCUGGUAAGGUUUGAGUUACAGAUGUAAGACCUUCAAUAAGCCCAUAUUGCUUCUGGAUGGCAGACAGGAUAUCUUUGUUGCUGGCUUCUAAGAGAACCAUCUUCUGAUAUCUCUCUUUGUCUUGAGCAAAUAGAGUCCUGGCUUGUUCUUUUGAUUUUGUAUCAGCCCAUUGGAGGUCAUCAAUAUUCGAGGAGAUGGUUUCAAUUGCUUUGCCUUGAGCUAUCAGAGUCUGAUGAAAGGUGAAAAGGGUCUUAUGGAUACCUUCCACUUCUGUUGACAGCGCAUCUGUUUUGGCAGUUGAGGAAGCCAUGAAGUUUUGGAGGGAUGUUGUGAGAUUCUCAAAGCGAUCUGAGAUAAACUGCAUCCCAGAAUUGAGAUUAUCAUUCAAAUGAGCAAGGUGCCCAUAAUGCUUCUCAUUGAUCUGUAUCAACUUGUUCAUGCCUUGGAGGAUUUGUCCACCAAAGUCUUCUGCUGCUUCAACGAACUGGUUGAAGGUAAUUUGAUUCUCUUGUCCAUCAGAUGGAGGCACCUCUAGACCUCUUCCCUUAGGCAAAGGGUGAUGUUCUUGGACAGAGGAGAGAGAUUCAACAAUAAGUUCAUGGUCAAGUUGAGUCAGAGGAGGGGUCUUCUGUCUCUUUGAAGUAGCUUUGUAGGACUUGCUGAUCAUGAAUCCAUCCAUGUCAGAAGAGUCUUCAUAAGAGGAGUAGAUUGGUAUUCUGUUUCUGAUUACCUUCUUCUUCCUCCUGAGGGAGGGAUUGGGGGCAGUAGAGUGCCUAGAAUAACCUUGUGGUGCAGAGAUGGGGGAGAUGGUUGUAGGAUCAGAAUCUCUAAGAAACCAUCCAGGUUUUAGGUGAGCUGCAGGUUGGUGUGGUUGAUGGGAGUCUUGUGGAGUUACUUGAUGUUCAGACUUGGUAGGUGAAGGGAAUUUCUGUUGAGGUGGUGGUGAUGAAGAAAUGAUCUGUUGGGGUUGGUAUUGGAUAAUUUGUCUUUGAGAGGAUGGGGGAGGGGAAGGGGAUCUGUUCUUUGGGGGAGAGAACGGUUUGCAGGGUGAAAGAGAUGAAAAUUUGGAGAUUGAGGGUUUUGGGGUGUAGGGGUUUUCUGUUCAGAAGAGGGCUUCUGAUGAAGUGAGGAGGUGUUCUGUUGAGGGGUUGGGAGUGGGGUUGGAAAGGGAGUGGGCAUUCUGGGUGAGAGUGGAGGUUCAGGAAUUACCUCAAGUAGAGUCUCUGUGAUCAUUGAGUCUCUCCAUUCCUUGACCAGCCUCGCCAUGACCAAGGGUAGAUCAUUAGCAGUAGAGGGUUCCCCUUCUCCAUGUGCACUAUGUUGAAACUUGAUCAUAGACUCCUUCCUCUUCUUUUCAAUCAGCCAAGCAUCAAAGACUGCCAUCUCAUCUUCUGUCAGAGCUUUGACAUGCUCUUCUUCUAUGAUAUCAGUGAGCUUUCUCUUGCCUUUGCAGUCCCCCUUUUUCUUUUCAGCAAGGACAGAUAGAAGAAAGUCCUUGUUGAGGCAAAGCUCAACAUCUUCUGUCCCAGCCCACUUCAGAACUUCAGCUUCUUCUGUGAUAAAGUUGGGAAGCAGACUGAGUAGUUCUGAGAGAGGUCCCACUCUCCACUUCUUCUGUGAAUACCUUAUCUAGAUCAGAGGGGAUAAGCUCUUGGGGUUCUGUGGGCUCAGGGGUUCUGUCUUCUUGAUGUUGUUCUGAUGAUGUAAGUAUCAAGGGGUGCUCAGGCAAAGUUGCAGAGAGAGAUCUGUGAGAUUCCCCCUGAACAGUAGCAUCCAGUACUGCUACAUCUUCUUCAGAGUCACUAGACUCAAAGACAAUCCUCUUGCCUUGCCAAGCAUUUCUGUUGGCUGGGGCAGAGGUGACAGAAUCCUCCAGCUUCUCCUGUGCUGCAGGUGUGAGAACCUUUGCCUUCUUUGCAAUGGGGGAGACAGAGGGGGUGCUUUCUGUAGAGAUAGGGGAAGGUGCCUUUCUCUUUAGAACAAAUUUCUUAGCUACUAGCUUCUGAACUUUAGCAGGGACAACUUUCUGCAGAGCAACCUUUUUCACAGGUUUUCUGAUCAGAACUUCUUCUUCAUAUUCUGAAGGUGUAGAGGGUUUCUGCUGUUUCUUCACAGCCUUUUUGGGUUUGAGGGUCUUCUGUUGAAGCUUCUCACGGUUAAACACCAGAGUCCUCGGCCUCUUCUGUUCAGCCUUGAGUGCAACCUUCCGGUCACCUGAGGUAUUGAGGAAGAGCAGUUUGGUGUAAUCUGCCUCAAUAGGGUUUCUCAGCCCUAUCCUUGCCUUGAGCAAGGUUUCAGAGAUUAAGAGACCAUAACCCAUGGGGGUUUUGAACAGUCCGGUUUCCUUGUCUUUCUUUUUGAUGAAUUCAACAAAGGAUUUGACAAUUACCUGUCCCAGUUGAUGUUCAUCCCAUGAUGAACUGCAAAGACAGCUUUUGCAUUGAGCACAUUCAUGUCAUCGGUGGAGGUGCUCUUGCUCCAGACACACCUAUGAAGGAUGUUGUAAGGAAUAAUUGUAUUUAGAUUUUGAUGAUGCUAGGUUAAUUAGAAUUUGAAAGUACCCCAUUAGAAAUUUUGUAUUAGAAUUUCUUUUGUAAGUUUUAGCUUAGUCUGUCUGCCAGAGUUCCAUCUUGCUUCUACCAGAGUUGCUCCCAGAGUUGCUCACCAGAGAAGCCAUCAGAAACUGGUCAUCAGAAAGAUACCAGAGUUGGCAACAGAGGCGGACUUCAGAGAUUGAACCAGAGAGCCUCUUAAGACUCUGCUAAACCCACCAGAUUCCGGAAGCUCUUUCCAACGGUCGUUAAACUAACGGGAAAUCCCCUAACGGUUACGAACCUUUCAACGGAAACAUGGUACUAUACACGCAUUAAAUGCACAUUUAAUGUUGUACGUACGAAGAGAUAUUUAAAGUUGAUGAUUGACCAUGCGGGUAUCUUCACGCCCCCAAAAUAGCAAGUCGAAGGUCCAACCGGUCAAGUCAACAGUACAAGCAUUUAAUGAAGCUAUCUUCUACACUCCAACGAGAAGACUGCUCCCAGUAUAUAAGAUACACUCUGAAGAACUAAGUAAACUAACUUUGCUACAAUAUCUGCCAAACGAACUUGCUCAAAGCCUUCUUAAGAUUCAAACUUCAUUCCUAACAAGAAAAGGCUACAGUUGGAAGAUAUAUUUUCCUAUCCUUCAUCCAACUAGCAAGCUGCAAAGUUACUCAGUUAUUCAACACUUCGAAAGCUUCAUCUACUCAUCCUUUGUGAAGAAGCAACGUUGGAGAAAACUGAUUUUGAAUCAAACACUUCUUGAAAAAGAAGUGAAGUGGGGAUACUUCAAGAGACUCAGUGAAACGAGACCAGCCAUCAGGAAGCAGGACUGCAUCCCGGGUGGCAACUAGACUUGAAGAAGACGAGGAGUGCUUCUUAAGUUCUAGGGACUAAGGCGUUGUAAACAGUUGUUUCUGCAACUUCUUCUCAAUGACCCACUCAUCAAAAGCAUCAAUUUCAUCUUCUGCUAAUGCUUUGACACGUUGCUCCUCAUCAACAUGAAUCUGCUUGUCCUUCCCUUCGCAUUCCUCCUUCUUCUUUUCUGCUAGAACAGAUAGAAGGAAAUACUUGUUGACGCAUUGCUCAACAUCUUCUGUUCCAGCCCACUUGAGGACUUCAGCUUCCUCAAAGAUGAAGUUGGGGAGCAUUCUGAUCAGUUCAGAGAGAGAUCCCACUCUCCACUUCCUCCAUGCUAGAGCCCUGAUAAAUUGUUUGUCUAGGACAUAGGAGAUAUUCUCCUGAGGUUCUGAGGGCUCAUGGGUUCUGUUGACUUCAUGAUGUUCUGGAGAGGAAGUCAGCAAGGGUUGAUCAAGCAAGGUUGCAGAGGGAGAUCUGUGAGAUUCCCCCUGAGUAGUGGCAUCCAGCACUACUACUUCAUCUUCUGAGUCACUUGACUCGAACACAAUAUUCUUGCCUUGCUAGGCAUUCGUGAUGAGUUGCACAGAAGAAGUUAGGUUAACAGGUUCCCCGUGAAUUGCAGGAGUCAGAACCUUGGCCUUCUUCACAAUGGGAGAGACAGAAGGGGUGCUUUCUGUAGAGAUAGAAGAGGGUGCCUUUCUCUUUAUCACAGACUUCUUUGCCAUCAUCUUCUGGACUUUAGUUGUGGCAGCCUUCUUUGUGACAACCUUCUUCACAGGCUUUCUUAUCAGAAGCUCUUCUUCCUCGAAAUCUGAGGGGGUAGAGGGUUUCUGCUGUUUCUUCACAGCCUUCUUGGACUUGAUCACCUUCUGUUGGAGUUUCUCCCGGCUAAACUCCAGAGUCCUCAACCUCUUAUGUUCAACCUUCAGAACUACUCUCCUAUCAUUUGAGGUGUUGAGGAAGAGUAAUUUGGUGUAGUCAGUCUCAACGGGAUUUCUCAACCCUAUUCUGGCCUUUAGCAGAGUUUCUGAUAGUAGAAGGCCAUAACCCAUGGGGGUUUUGAAGAGACCGGUUUCCUUAUCUUUCUUUUUGAUAAAUUCAACUAGGGACUUGAUGAUUACUUGUCCCCAGUUGAUGUUCAUCCCAUGAUGAACUGCAAAAACAGCUUUUGCAUUGAGAACUGUCAUAUCGUCAGUAAAGGUGCUCUUGCUCCAGACACACCUAUGGAAGAUGUUGACCAGCUUCUCAUAGUCACUUUGAAGUAGAUUCUUCUUCAUGUAUAAUUUGGGAACUCCAUCCACUUCAGGUCUGCAGUAUAGUUGGACGAAGUUAUCAAUAGUGACCUUGACACUGUCUAGGGCUAUGAAGCCUUCGGUGUCUUCUUCUUGGGGAUCCUCCACUACGCCAAAUAGGGCGUUGACAGUUUCUGGAGUGAGGAUGAUGUCAUCACCAUGGACAUGAGAUUUGAUAGUCUCCCCUUCAUAUGUGGCAUUGAGAUAGAACUCAGCCACAUCCUUUGUAUUGUAGGAAUUGAAAUGAUAUCCUACCACCUUGCAGAGCUGUGAUUCCUCCAUACCCUUGAUGAUUUUCAUCAUCGUUUCUUGAUUUGCUACUAGUUCAGGGAGUGCGGAAAGAUCGCAAUUCAUCCCAGUAUAGAUUUUAGCGACCAAGGUAUUGAUUUCUUCUUCGGUGAGGUCAUUGAUGUUCAAGAAAGCCAUUGCAGAGAGUUGUGAGAAUUUGAGAGCUAGAGAGAUAUGGAAAUUCGAAGAUUUGAGAGUAAUGAGAGCAGUUGCGGUUUAGGUUAGAGGAAAUGGAAUAUAUGGGUUUGAUUUAGUGGACGUUUUAGAUUAUUGGCGGUUCCGAGGUACCAAUAAAUGAAAAUGGGGGCGCAGUAAAUAUUUUGCGGCUGUAAAACCGUUUUAAAGGGUAAAAGGGUAAAUGACCGUUAUUAACUUACUAGGUCACCCGGUUUUCUAAAAAUACUUCUAAGUCCUCAACUUUCUGUUAUGUGAAUGAGUUUCUGAAGGUAAGAGGAGGGUUUCUGUUGCUGAGGUGUUCUGUUAGGAACGGAGGUUCUCUGUUCAGGAUAGAGAACAGAAGGGGUUCUGCAACAGGAAUUCUGUUAGCAGAGAGUCUGCAACAGAAGAUCUUCCUUUUCAACUUUCUUUUGGAAUUUCAUCCAUCAUUCCCAAUUCUUCUCUCAGUUUGUUGAACCUAGCCUCAGGCAAAGGCUUUGUCAGAAUAUCUAGAAGCUGGUCUUCUGUUGACACAUGCUCCAUGCAUAUGUGCUUCUUUUCAACAUGGUCUCUGAUGAAGUGAUGUCUGAUCUCAAUAUGCUUUGUUCUGGAGUGAAGGACUGGAUUCUGAGUGAUGGUAAUGGCACUGGUGUUGUCACAUAGCAGCUUGAUCUCCUUUGCUUGAAUGCCAUAAUCCUUUAGUUGUUGCUUCAUCCAGAGUAGCUGAGCACAGCAACUCCCAGCUGCAAUGUAUUCAGCUUCUGCUGUACUGGUUAAGAUUGAAUUCUGCUUCUUGCUAAACCAGGAAACCAGCCUUCCUCCUAGUAAUUGGCAGUGACCAGAUGUGCUCUUCCUGUCUAAUCUGCAACCUGCAAAAUCUGAGUCAGAGUAACCAAUUAGUUCAAAGUUACCUCCCUUUGGAUACCAUAGGCCUGCAUUUGGAUUUCCUUUGAUAUAUAUGAUGAUUCUCUUUGCAGCACUAAGAUGGCUCUCCUUGGGCUUUGAUUGGUAUCUGGCACAGAUUCCAAUAGAGAAUGUUAUGUCUGGUCUGCUUGCAGUCAGAUAUAGCAGAGAUCCUAUGAUUCCUCUGUAGGUAGUUGCAUCAACAUCUUUGCCUUCAUCAUCCAGACCAAUUCCUUGAGAAGUGUUCACGGGAAUCUUCACUGAGGAUUUGCCUUCUACUCCAAAUUUCUUGAUCAGGUCUCUGGUGUACUUCCCUUGAUUGAUAAUGAUUCCUUCUGGAAUUUGUUUGACUUGCAGUCCUAGGAAGUAGUUCAGUUCUCCCAUCAAACUCAUUUCAAAUUGACUCUGCAUUACUUGAGAAAAUUUCUUACAUAACUCUGCAUUAGUACUUCCAAAUAUAAUAUCAUCAACAUAUAUUUGUACUGGCAGAAUAUGGUUAGCAACAGAGAUUUGAAAUAGAGUUUUGUCAACCUUUCCCUUAUUAAACCCAUGGUUCACUAGGAAUAGGGACAGUGUGGCAUACCAUGCUCUGGGAGCUUGCUUAAGACCAUAAAGGGCCUUUUAAGCUUGUAGACACAGGAGGAGUGAGUAGGAAUGACAAAACCUGACGGUUGUUCUACAUAAACCUCUUCUUCAAGAUCUCCAUUCAGAAAUGCACUCUUGACAUCCAUCUGGUAGACCUUGAUGUUGUUGUAGGCAGCAUAGGCUAGAAAUAUUCUGAUGGCCUCCAGUCUGGCAACUGGUGAUAAAGUCUCAUCAAAAUCUAUUCCUUCUUCUUGGCAGUAACCCUUAGCUACCAGCCUUGCUUUAUUCCUUACAAUGUUGCCAUCUUCAUCAGCUUUGUUCUUGAAUACCCAUUUUGUUCCAAUGACAUUCUGGUGCUUUGGCCUAGGAACAAGUUCCCAUACUUUGUUCCUUUCAAAUUGAGUAAGCUCUUCUUGCAUUGCAUUGAUCCAAUCUGAGUCUGCAAGAGCUUCCUCUACUGUCAUGGGUUCCAUCUGAGAUAUGUAGCAGGCAAGCAUUGCUUCUCUCCUUGUUGAUGCUGAUCUGGUCCGCACACCACUUCUGAUAUGUCCAAUCACUUGGUUAGGAGGAUGAUCUCUUAACCAUGUCAGAUCAGGUUCUAUCAGUUGUUGUCUGGGUCUCUCUGGUUCUUCAUCUUCUGAAUCUUCAUCUUCAUUCAACAGAAGGGGGUUUGGUGCAGGUGUUGGGAAUGCAGGAUUAUCUGCUACCUCUUCUGUUGGUUCAGGUGUUCUGUCUUCUAUGUAUCUUCCGUAUGAGGCUUUAAAUGGUGGACCCGUCUUCUAUUGCUGGAUGUACAAAUUUGAAAGAUUUCUUGGAGAGUUGAAAAAGAAAGUGACCAACAAGGCACACGUUGAGGCUUCAAUUUGUCAAGCGUAUCUUCAACAAGAAAUCUCAACGUUCUCAUCUUUUUAUUUUGAGCGUGAAGUCAUCACUAGAAGAAAGAGACAUGCCCGAAACGUUGGCAUUGCCAAGGAUUUAUAUGAAAAUGUAGUUUCCAUUUUCAAUUACCCAGGUAGAGGUAAAGGAGCUUGGACAAACCGAUACAUCGUGGGAAAAGAAUUACAAAUUGCGCAUACUUAUAUGCUCAUUAAUUGUCCAGAAAUCUUACCGUUUUAUCAUGAAUUUAGAGCGGAGCACUCAGUAUUCCCUGACAAUGAAAUUGAUGCAUUGGUGGACUCUCAUUUUAUACCGUGGUACAAGUAUCAGAUCAAUAACCGUGGGAUUGUGGACCCUUUGUUAGUAUCAUUAUCGUGGGGCCCUGGUGCCUAUGCGAAAGUUUGGCGGUCAUAUGUGAUAAACGGUUACACCUAUCACACAGUCAGUUACGGACAAGGCCGACCAACAGUGAAUAACGGGUUAUGUGUCCCAACCAUCGGUUAUGAUAACUCGGAAACCAAUUUUUUUGGUGUCUUGCACGAGAUUCUCGAACUGGAAAUGCCUUCUGCUGGGAAAAAGUUGACAUGCGUUUUGUUCCGCUGCAAAUGGAUCGAUCCAACACGUGGUCUGCGAAAAAAUUCAAAGUAUAAUAUGAUUGACGUCAACCACUCUCGCGUGUAUAUGAAAAAUGAGCCUUUUAUACUUGCUCAACAAGCAGCCCAGAUUUAUUAUGCAGAAUACCCUUCAACCAGGCGGACACAGAAUCCUUGGGUGUGUGCAUGUACUGUCCGUCCGAGCAAAAUCGUAUCACAAACUCAACACAAGGACGUUGAUUUAGAUGCUUUUCAACAACAUUUUUUCCAACCUCCGCCGAUUGUUGAGACGGUCAACCAGCACAUUCUGGACCUAACAAUGGGGGAAGUGUUGAAGUCAUGCCAGAAACGCACCUUCUGGACCUAACAACUCCAUCUGAGCGCGAAAUUGUUGAAAUGCAUGAAGAACAACAAAAUGCUCAAUAUCAGGAAGAAGGAGAAUGGAUAGACGGUUCUGAUACAGAAGAAGAUGUUGUAUAUGUAGAAAAUAAUGAUUCUGAUAGUGACUAAUUGUAUUGUUUUAUUACAAUUUUUUUGCGUUCGAAUAUUUGAGCUUUUUUCUUCAUUAUUAUUGUAGUCCAACAAAAUUUUAUUUUUUUCUUCAUCAUUACUAAAAGAUAAAUAUGAAACGCACAAUUUUUUUAUCACAAUCAACUAACGAAAC